CUUAGAUAUAGACUGCACAGCAAAAGCUGCUUCUUCUUUACCGACCCAGGUCAUUCUUUUCAUCUAGUCACUCCUUCAAAAAAAUAUAACCAAAAUGCGCUCGACAUUCUUUCUCGCUGCCAUCGCCCUCUUCGGCUCCACCACCGUUAACGCAGGUGGCUUUUCGUCGACUUGCACCGAGUGCAGACUGGGCUCUUCAAAUACACGGUACGGCUGCUUGUGCGGAGAUGGCAAAGGCAACGAAAUCUACUCCCUUGUCGACUUGAAUGAUUGUAUGGUCAACUUGGGCGGCCAGCUUAGUCCUCGAAAGAGCGGUGGCUUCGGCGGCAGCUGCAAGGCGGAUGGACAGAAUGAUGAAUACACGCCGUGCUGGGACUGCGGAAAUGGAAGUGGCACUGACAAGGCGUGCCCUGACUUGAACUCUUUCAUUUCCAACCACGACGGAACCAUUUCGUGCGACGUUUAGAUUCGUCAUCGUUGACGAGAUCGUGGUAUUCGAAACCAGAUGCUACGAUUUAUCCUCGGGUUGUAUAUUUCUUUACAAAGAAGCGUGGAGCUUAAGCGUAAUUUGCUUUUCAAUUCCUUUCGACAAAUGUACAUAUGAAAAUAAUAUCGUUUCAAAGAAUAUACCCAAUUGUACAUGUU